AUGGCGAGGAGCAAGACUGACCACGACGUCUUUCGCCACGAUGACGACGAUGAUACUAGCUCGGACGAGAUGGAUGCAGACCAUCUCGCGGAGCGAGUGGCGGAGCCAUCACGCAAGAGGAUGAGGAGGACCAAGCACAGUGCCAUCUAUGGCAUUUUUGGUGACGACGAUAACGAGCGCGACGGUGGCGUGCGGAGGACGGUUAGGGCAACGGAUUCGAGCGGCAGAAAGAUCGACUAUCGAGCUGGACAGGCAUUCGUGCGCGCAUCCACGUCAGCUCAAGCAGAAGAAGCGCAAGAUACACAGGAUCAGACAGGCUCAAACUCGACACACUCGAGUUCUGUUCAGGACGACCGAGACGCGCGACAAGACGAUUUUCACCCUGCCUCGUUCUACUCGACUCGCCCAGGCAUUGGGUCUAGCGCAGCACGAGAGUCAAGCACACCAUGCGAACAGAAGAGUGUCAGCAAACGAUCCGCAGCAAGAGCGGGUAUCGGUGCUAGUAGUUGCAGCUCAUCCAUCGACACUGAAGCACAAGCUUGUUCGCGCCAAAGCGGGCUCACCUCGCUCUCCAUGUUUGUCUCUGCCGGAUCGACCAAGGCUUGCGAACCCAGUUAUUCAUCUCAGCCUCGUAAUACGAUAGAACCAUCUGCACCUAGUCGUACAUCCAUGCGCGAUCCGUCUUUGCGCGACGAAAAACUCGAAACAGAAGAGCGUGAAAUGUCGGCGUCCGGCCUACCGACAUCGUUCACGACACCGCAGCGUCCUGUAACGCCGUCGUCUACGUUCCAACGUGCUCGGAAAGCCGAGGUAGCUGUACCCAAGACGACGAUCAAGUUUGGCGCGAAAUUCGAUCCUUCCGCAUACCUCGCGUCGAUGGGUUGGACAGGUGGGGGAUUGGGUCGCUCCGGUCAAGGGAUCGUCAAGCCGAUCGAGGUGCAAGUACGCCCGGAGCGAGCGGGAAUCGCGUACGGCGGGAUCAAAGAAAAGACGUCGCAUGCGAAAGCCGAAGCGCGGCAUCGUGGCGAAGCUGGAUCGUCGGACCAAGAGCAACGUCAACGUAAGCGUUCGCAGGGUGAACCGGAGAAAGCGAAACCCGAAGCCAAAGCAUGGACAAAGGCGUCGACGCCAAAAUCGCGCAAGCCAAAGAUCGAGCAUCGCACGUACGAAGAGAUCAUUGCCGAAAUCGGCGCACUACCGACGACACAUAGCACGGUAGGUAAGAUCUACGAUGCGAGCAGCGGAGUGUUGAGAGAGGUGGAGGAUCUGGCUAGCGCGUUAAAAGCCAAACGGGUGCCGACGAGCGCUGCGACCGAACUGCCAGAACUGCAGCACAACCUGAGGCUGAUAUGCGAGAACAACGCGCAGAGCUUGGGCGCGUUAGCGAGGGAAGGCGCGCAGUUGAAGCAGAGGAGGACGUGGUUGACGAGCGAGAGAGAGCGCGCAAUAGUCAAGAAGAAGGAGGAGGAGAUGAGCAUGCAAAAGGUGAGAGGAGCCUUGCAGGUGGUGAAGCGUUUCGAGGCGGUUGCCAAGCGGAUUGGCGAUGGCGAGGUUGGUCUAGAUGGUGGAGAAAGUGUGCUGGAAGAAUUUACACCUCUGAUCGAGCAACUGCAACGCGAGUACGACGAAAAGCAAAUCUUGCAACUCGCACUGGACCAAGCUGUGGUCGAGGCGAUUACUCCUGCUUUACGCGCGAUUUGGUGUGGGUGGAAACCACUCGAGCAACCGCGCCUGACGAGUCGGUACCUUUGCCAGUGGAAAGCGCUUCUACCGAAUCAAGACAGUGUGGCUCCGAGCUCGUCGAGCGCGACAAUGACGCCGUUUGAUGCGCUGCUUUGGACGUACUGGAUGCCGAGGGUGCGCACGUGUCUCAGCACGUUUUCAGCGCGGCGGCCGGCGUCGGCGAUCGAUCUUGUCGAAGCGUGGCGUCCUGUGUUGGCGCGCUUCAUGUUUGACAAUAUCAUCGACCAGCUUAUCGUGCCACGUUUAUCGCGCAGUGUAGCUGCGUGCGAUGCACCGACGUCGAUGGAUGCGUUGGAGCAGAUCGUGUUCCCGUGGCUGGCGGUGCUGGGCGUCGAGCGACUCGCCGAGGUCUUGACGCAGGCCAAACAACGCUUGCGAUCCGCACUCAAGAUGUGCAGCAUUUCACAAGGGCCGAGUCGUGGCUUGCGCGAUUGGUCGAGCUUGUAUACGACGGCUGCGGAAUGGGAGGCGCUUCUGCUGUCGUCUCUGGUGCCACGGCUUUCGGCGUACCUGAAACGACGUUUGACGAUCAGUGCUGGUGAAACGCAGGAUAUGACGCCGUUAGUAGAUGUAUUGAAGUGGAGCAAGGUGGUCGGUGCGACGGUGAUGGAGAGCGUGGUGGCGAGCGACUUUUUCGCCAAGUGGCUCGACGUGUUGUGUGCAUGGUUGAAGAGCGAGGUGCACGAGUGGGUGGGGAUGGACGAGUGGUAUUUGUUCUGGCGUCGAUGGUGGAGUGAGAAUGUAGGUGGUGGAGAGGUCGGGUUUGCGAUCGGCCUGGACGUCAUCAAUGCAGCAUUAGACAUGACUGCUGACGAGAGGAGCAAGCUCAAGACUCCUCCCUUUGCGCACACUGCAAGUACUGCUCCAUCCACUCCAAGUGGGAUGCCGAUACGCACGCUACCACAGGCGCAUGUCUCGUUACGUGAUGUGCUCGCCGAGCGACUGGCACAACACGACUUGUUGCUCACCAGAUCCUCCCAAGUCCACGCUACAGGCGUGGUCGGCACAGCCAAUAUCUGGCGCAUCUCGUCGUCCCCCACAUCGCGCACACAUGCCAACAAGUCGAGCUUGAUCUACAUCCACGACCAUGUUGUUUUCCAACACGACCCUGCGCUCGAUUCUUGGUGCCCCGUAUCCAUCGACCACCUCAUCAACUCAAUGCGUUAA